CCAAUCCGCGUCAUGACAGCUCCGCACGUGACUCAGGGUGAAGUUCUUCUUCCUGAGAGCGGUGCAAAACACACCGACAAAAUUCGGGAACGGAGAAUAGCAGUUUGUGGAGUCAGUCAGUGGAAGAAGUACUCCUCUGUAGAGUCAUGGCCUCUGCUUCAAUACCAGUCUACAACUCCUCUAAUAAUCCCCUGGAGAACAGCUCCAGUCACAAUGCGUCCAGAGAGAGUCUGAAAAUGGAGCCCCUGGCAGACUGCAGCUUACUGCCCGGAGAGGAGAGGAUCAUAGACAAAGACAUCAUCUAUAUCUGUCCAUUCAGUGGAGCUCUGAAAGGCAAAGUCUUCAUCACUAACUACAGACUCUACUUCAAGAGUGCAGACGCAGACCCGGCGGUGACUCUGGAUGUUCCGCUGGGCGCCAUUGGCCGGGUGGAGAAGAUGGGCGGAGCCUCCAGUCGAGGGGAGAACUCAUACGGGCUGGACAUCACCUGCAAGGACAUGAGGAACCUGAGGUUUGCGUUGAAGCAGGAGGGACACAGCAGAAGGGACAUCUUUGACAUCCUGUUUAAAUAUGCCUUCCCUCUAUCCCACGGUCUGCUUCUGUUUGCGUACCUGAGUCAAGAGAAAUUUGAAGAGAAUGGCUGGAGUGUGUACAAACCCAUGGAAGAGUUCAGACGGCAGGGCUUACCCAAUGACAAGUGGCGUGUCACGUUCAUCAAUGCCAACUAUGAGCUGUGUGACACCUACCCCACCAUACUGGUGGUUCCCUUUAAAGCUACAGAGGAAGACCUGAGGAAAGUGUGUACCUUCAGGUCCAGAGGACGCAUUCCUGUGCUGUCGUGGAUCCACCGUGAGAACCAGGCUGUAAUCUGCCGCUGCUCCCAGCCCCUGGUGGGGAUGUCUGGGAAGAGGAACAAGGAUGACGAGCGCUACCUGGACCUCAUCCGGGAGGCUAACGGCACCGCCAAGCUCACCAUUUACGACGCACGGCCCAGCGUCAACGCCGUCGCCAACAAGGCCACGGGUGGGGGUUACGAGGGUGACGAUGCAUAUCAGAACGCUGAGCUGGUGUUUCUAGACAUACACAACAUCCACGUGAUGAGAGAGUCCCUGAAGAAGCUAAAAGACAUUGUCUAUCCCAACGUAGAGGAGUCACACUGGCUGUCCAGUCUGGAGUCUACACACUGGCUAGAACACAUCAAGCUGGUCAUAUCUGGAGCCAUCCAAGUAGCAGACAAGAUAUCGGGAGGUAACUCUGUGGUGGUCCACUGUAGUGAUGGGUGGGACCGGACGGCCCAGCUCACCUCUCUGGCCAUGCUGAUGCUGGACAGCCACUACCGCACCCUGAGAGGAUUCCAGGUACUGCUGGAGAAGGAGUGGAUCGGCUUCGGACACAAGUUUGCCAAUAGGAUAGGACACGGUGAUAAGAACCAUGCUGAUCAGGACAGGUCUCCUAUCUUUGUACAGUUCAUAGACUGUGUCUGGCAGAUGACCAAACAGUUCCCGACAGCGUUUGAGUUUAACGAGCGUCUCCUAGUGACCAUCCUGGACCACCUAUUCAGCUGUCGCUUUGGAACCUUCCUCUACAACUGUGAGCGUGCCAGGGACACUAAUGAGUUGCGGUCUAAGACGGUGUCUCUGUGGUCAUUGGUAAACAGUGAUCUGUCCUUCUACCAGAACCCCUUCUACACCCCAGAGUCCAAUAGAGUCCUCUACCCUGUAGCCAGCAUGAGACACCUAGAACUCUGGGUGACUUACUACAUCCGCUGGAACCCUCGCAUCCGACAACAGCAGCAGAGUCCAGUGGAACAGCGUUACAUAGAGCUGUUAGCCCUGAGAGAUGAAUACCUGAAGAAACUAGAGGAACUGCAGCUCUCUGACUCCUCCCCCAACUCCUCCCACCUAUCAAAUAGCUCCACCCCCAACGCAGCCUCUCCCACGCAGCACAUCACCCACCUGCACACCCCCUUCUGAGUGGGGUCGUCACACACACUCCGACGUGUACAACACACGUGUAUGCGCAUUCUCCGGGGUCGGUGUUGAUUACAUGUCAGUUCAGUUAAUGAAUCAUAGGAGAUUGAUUGAAGUUCCAAAUUUGAGAGUUGAAAAGUGACUUUUUCCCAAUGAAGAUUUUUCAGAUCUGCAGGAUUUCAGAAUGUUCAGUUCUUUGGAAUUUCAGAAUUUCAAUUCACUUCCUGAAAUUAAAAUGGGUUUGACCCUGACACAGGAAGUAAUUUUUUUGUACAUAACGUUUAAAGUAAUAAUGAAGUCGAUAAAUAACAUGGAAUAGACGUAACCAUGGUGAUUAUGCAACAUGUCAUAGUACAGCCUUUUCACAACUUUAAUAGAAUGUUGUUUUUCCACAAAAACAAAGAAGCCUUAAUAUAAAAUAAAACAAUGUUUGUAGAUAAACAAUACUAAAGGUAAAGGGUUCAAACUCACUGGCUGCAUUCCAAUUCACCCGGAAGUGUGCCUUCAGUCACUCCCCUUCAUGCUCAUGCAUUGUAUUGGUGCAAGCAUGGCUGGAUGGAGUUUCCACCAUAUUCCUCACACCAGUCCCUUUUAAAACUAUGAGGGGGAGCGUAUGAGUGCACACUUCAGGAGAAGGGUAGAGAAUGGGAUCGUAGCCCCUGCUCCUCUAGGACUGAAUACACUGCACUCCUCUCCAUGACCAGGGAGAGAAUGGGAUCGUAGCCCCUGCUCCUCUAGGACUGAAUACACUGCACUCCUCUCCAUGACCAGGGAGAGAAUGGGAUCGUAGCCCCUGCUCCUCUAGGACUGAAUACACUGCACUCCUCUCCAUGACCAGGGAGAGAAUGGGAGACGGGAAUGAUAAUUUGACGAGAAGUGUAUGUGACUAGUUUCCCUUCAAUCAUUGUGUAGCUGUACCUAUGUCCCAACAUAAGCAAUACCAGUCCAAUCAUUCAGUUACGUUUGAGUGCAAACCAAGUCCACUGCAGUUUCCCCGUCCCAACUCACAUAAAUGAUUUAGCAUUCAUACCCACAGAAAUAGUAUAAGUCAGUUCUAUGUUCAUAAGUCCCAAAUUGUAUCAUUUAUUCGGGGAUGAUUAUAGCCCAGUGUAUGAUAUCCGGUAGGCCAAGUAUCCCUGUGUAUUGUACUGUAGAAGGUCUAGGGAGAGACGGGACACAGUCAGUUCUAUUGGUUCCUAUGAGAGGUGCUGAGAGUUUUAUCUCCUAUUGUGGUCCACUCUAGCCUCGUCCCAAAUCUGAUUGUUCUGUCUUGCCGACUCAAAAUAACCACGUUUUUUUUAAACCUUUUUUUUUUAUUGGUCACAGACACAUAUUUAGCAGGUGUUAUUGCAGGUGUAGCAAAAUGCUUGUGUUCCUAGCUCCAACAGUGCAGUAAUAUCUAACAAGUCACAAUAAUACACACCUAAACGUAAAAGAAUGGAAUUAAGAAAUAUAUAAAUAUUAGGACGAGCAAUGUCGAGAGUGGCACUGAUUAAAAUACAGUAGAAUUGAAUACAGUAUAUACACAUGAGAUGAGUAAAGCAGGAUGUAAACGUUAUUAAAGUGACUCAUAUGGUCGUAGUCAUGCAUUACAUUUACCAUAUGUGUUGGUAAGAUGGCACAAACAGAUCUGGCACCAGGCUAGGUCCACUCAGUCCAAUAAUAGUGAUCAGUGGUUCUGCCUCAACCCAACUCAUUUUGCACUUCAGAACCUUUACAACCUGUUACCUUAAAUGGUCAAACCCCUCUUGGCAUAAAUGUAAACAUUUGCCAUCGACCCUCUUGAUCCCAAUCUGCAUGGCAAAAUGGUUUAGCUCAAAUUUGCUGAAGGUUUUUGGACUGCCACAGAGUAGGUUCAUAAAUAAUCCCCAAAUAAAAGCUGUGGACGGGACAAGUUCUUUUGACGAGAGCAAUGUCUAGAGGUGGGAUCAGAUCGGUGGAAGUUAAGAAUCAUUUACAACGUUUCAAGGGAUCACGAUGUGGGCCAUGUAUUCUCAGACAAGAGUUCUUUGGACAAGAAUCACCAUAGAUUUUGAGAUUAGAUUGGUGGGAAAACCCAGGAAUUGUUUAGUUACUCUUUACAGGGCAUAUCCAGUGUUCUGGAGAACGCAGGUCAGGUCCAGUUCUGUGCCUUUGACCGUCUGAAGUUCAUCCUCAGGUGGAUGUUUUGUAUGUACCCAAACUAUAACUUUGUCUUUGUCAUUGUUCCUCUGUGUGUGGCAUCUGUGGCGAGGGGUGAAGGGAAAGAAAGCACCUGAUUGGUUGUGGCAGGAGAAAGGAAGAACCCGAUUGGGUGUGGUGCGGGGAAAGAAAGCAUCCGAUUUGCUGGGGCAACGGGAAUGAUGGAUUCCGAUUGGUUGUGUCGGGGAAAGAAAAUAUCCUGAUUGGUUGAUACAGUAUGUAUGCUCCUUCUGGUCAAGAUCCUUUGGGUAGGAUAACCAGUCACCACUGGAUAUGGGAAGACCAUACCAGAGAGAGAACUUAGAGUGCCUGUUGCUGAACAUCUAUUGAAAGAUGGUGGGCUAAAAAUGAGGUCUCUUGAUAUUAAAACCUUUCAGGCACUACCUUUUCGCUCCCUAAUGCUACCCCAGAAUGCGUCACUUCGGAAGACUUUGGCCUCAAUGAGGUGAAAAAGUUUUAAAAAAUAAAACCAAGAGCGAAAUGAACAACAAGGCAAAACACUUUUUGGUUUGUUGGUUGGUUUGUGUUUUUAGGCAAAAAAAAAAUAUAUAUAUUUUGUUUAUUUUUUACUUUAUACAAGUACAGUAACUAUGAUGUAAUUACCUCAAACAAAACUGAUUUUACUGUUAAAAGUUGUAAAAUAUUAUUUUAUUUAGUGUACCAUUUGACACGUUUUAUAAAAAGGAAUUUAGUAGGACAAACAUUUUGUUUUGUUUCUCUGAAUGGUUGGUUAAUAAUUUGGGGAUUUCUUGUUACAUGUAUUUCUUUAUUUGCAUUUUGGGAUUUUGAUUUCUAACAGAAGAGGACAGUGAAUCAUGAAUUGUGGGAGAUUUGAUUCAGUCGGGAAUUGAUUCAGUUCCUUUUGCGUCUUCACCUGUGAUUGUGUAAAUAGGGGUGUGAUUAGAUCAAUGGAGUGGCUGAGGAUUUGACUUUUCUGAACCCCUCUUCUGGACAGCUAAAGGUCCCGAAGCUUCUGCUAUUGUGUGGGAUUCUCUACUUUACACACAGUCUCUGCUUUACUCGCAGGGAACCGGCUAUUCUAGCGAAUGGUGCUCUUUUAAUAAGGUUAGCUGAAUCAAUGUCUGCAAAAAACGCAAUGAUAGCAAUCUACAUUUAUUUGUAUUUAACUAGGCAACUGAAUAUAAAUAGCAUAACGAUCUAAUUGAAACUGAGAUCAAAUAAUUGCUAUGCAGAUGCUGCAUGGAAGUUUCAUCUGUAAAAAAAAAAAAGGGAAAAUUCAUUGACACUAGGAAUGUGAAGGAUGGUUCGAUAUGUGUAGAGCUGAGACUGCUUAAAGUAGAGAAUUCCGUACAUGCGUAGAAGCUUCGGGACCUUUAGCUGUUGGGAUGAGGGGCACAGAAAAGUCUGAUCCACAGCCUCUGCCUUCAAUCGAACUCAUUGUGGUAUUUAUGCAGGAGCUCUUUUACCCCCAUGGUCAGAUCUAAUCCCUGAAGAGUGGUAAUACUUUACUACCACGAGGAAGUAUCCCCAUCACAAAUAGAUGCUUCCAUGUUUCUCCACAAUGAGAAGGCGAUGCAUGGACAUUAGUUUGUAAACAAAGACACUGCCAUAAACAUUGGUAUAAUGAGUUGGUCUGAAUUCCAGCCCUAGAAGAAUUGAGCACUGAUAAAGGCUGUGCAAAUGGCACACUAUUAGUCCCAAAUGGCACCCUAUUACUGCCAAUAUAGUGCACUUAUUUUGACCAGAGAAUAGGGUGCCAGCUGUCGCUAGUGAUUUUGUUAAUUUUCUUCAUGUAUUCUACCUUUUAACAUAGGGAUAUCUUGUCGAAAGGGAUUUCUGUCAUAUUAUAGCCUACUUACUCCCUAGCCUGGUGUCCCAGAUCAGUUUGUGCCGUUUUGCCAAAUCCUUGUGAGUCAUGACCAUAGGAGUUAGCUUGGGUGCCAGUCUGUUUCAGGGGGCGUACUGUCAAGGGGGGUGUACUUGUACAACAAGCUGCCUCAUGCUACAGAAACAGGAGAUCGACUGCUGCCCUAUGGGCCUGUCUGGCUUGGACAAGGCUUUACAUACCAGUCUUUGUCUGCUCUGUUCAUGCCAGGGCGAGCAGAAACCAACUGGCACCCAGCCUACAUGGGAGUUUUGGCAAGAACACAAACACCUGUGGGAUUCAGGCUGUACUACUCCUCUCAUGUAUGAGUAGUCCAUGUUGGUUGUUGUGUAAAUAAUGCUGAUUAAAUUAAUUUAAAGAUUUCUCACUUAAAAAAAAAAACGUUGAAUUGGGUUGUUUCAUUCAUUCAUAUUCUUGGAGUCGUAAUGUGAUAUUUUAUUAUCCUUUGUUUAUUCAGGUCAUAUUUAAAUUAGGAAAAUCUCUUAUGUAAUGUUUGCUCAUGUGAGUCUUGUGGAUUUCCAGACCUUGUCCCUUCAUAGGAUGUCUCAGACCUAAACUGACCUUGUCCCUUCAUAGGAUGUCUCAGACCUAAACUGACCUUGUCCCUUCAUAGGAUGUCUCAGACCUAAACUGACCUUGUCCCUUCAUAGGAUGUCUCAGACCUAAACUGACCUUGUUCCUUCAUAGGAUGUCUCAGACCUAAACUGACCUUGUGUGUCUCAGCCUGAAGUAUGACAUUUGGUUACUUUUUUCAGCACUGUGUAGUGUUGGUCCCAUGUAUCAUGAUCUGAAAUUAAAGAUCCCAGAAAUGUU